UGUCUGUCCCUGUGAAAGGCCAGACCGUGGGGGUUGCGUGCCGUGCCUGCUUGGAACCGUACAUGGUGCAAUAUCCCAGGAUCGAGGACUGUGCUGUCCGCCCGGGAAUAGGACUUGAUUGUUGGUCCUAUGGAGCCCAGGCGUCCACGGGGCACCCCUAUGCAGACAGGCGGCAAGGCCAAGGCUCGGGCGAAUGCGAAAGUCCUCGUAUUUCCUUGCUCGCUGGCGAUGGGGCUGCCUGCGAGAGGCAUCGACUGCGCAAACCGUCGCGUCCCCGGCGGCGCGGCCUAG